ACUCGUUACAUUCAGUAUAGAAGACCAUUCAAUGCGCAACGAUGGCAUUGAAAACAUCAGUUGUGAUUGCCGCUAUUUGCGUUAUGCAAACCAUUGCAUUUCAAUCACCGAAAGACUGUUUCAGACCAAACGAGGUAUACUUAUGCAAUGGUGCUUGCCAAAUAACCUGCACCAAUUACAAUAAACCAUGCUUGAUAGCAAACAUCGUCUGCAACGAUUGGUGCUAUUGCAAAAAGGGUUAUGCCAGAGAUCAGACUGGAAAUUGUGUGGCAAUAGCGAAAUGCGCGGAUCGACUUAAUGGUAUUUGCGGCGAGAACGAGGAAAACCGAGUGGAUUUCUACUUGCACGAUACUUGCCACGAGCAAUUGCUCAAUAGCUGGGAAAUCGAAUCUGGGGAUAGAAUGGGAUGUUAUUGCAUUGCUGGUUAUAAGAGAGAUCCAUCUGGAAAGUGCAUUCCAGCUGCUGAGUGUCCUCCAAAGCCACCAGCCAAAUAUCCAAAUAGCAAAUCGUAAAUUAAUUAACGUAUUUCUUACAUUUAAUUUGUUGGAUAUACUUCCAACAUUGCACCUGAUACUUAUAUUGAAACUCAAAUCAUAUAUGAGUAUAGAAACUACACAUCUAUUGUAUGCUAUAAAGUAAUAAAUUAUAUGAGAAAACUAUACAAUUCAUUUAUUUAUUGUAUUGUGCCAACACACAUAUUCAAUGCAGAUUAUGGUUUGUAUGUGGGAGAUUAAAAAAAUAAAGAUGACAUUAAAGAAGUUCCUUCCAGA